AAUGCUGCAGCCGAGGAAGGCCACCUGGAAAUUCUGCAAUGGCUACAUUCCAAGGGUAUUUCUCGUUGUACGGAUCACGGGGUCGAUGGAGCAGCUAAGAAUGGCCACCUGGGUGUGCUGAAGUGGUUACACAAGACUCUUAAAGGGGGCUGUAGAACAGCUAAACUGUACCUUCCGAUCCAGAAUGGUCACCUCGAAAUUCUCAAGUGGCUACAUCAGCACUUCACGUACCUCUUUUCCGAGAUUGCCAUGGAUGUCGCCGCUGAAACGGGCCGCCUGGAUGUGUUGAUAUGGCUACAUGAAAACCGAACGGAAGGCUGUUCACACAUGGCUCCGUGGCAUGCUGCAGAGAUUGGUCACUUGGAGAUGGUUAAAUGGCUGCACGAGCAUUAUUCCGACAAAUUCACAGCUCGUGCGUUGGAUGUAGCGGCAGCAAAUGGUCACCUCGAUGUCGUUCAAUGGUUGCAU